GGUAGGUCAGGCGGAGCGGAGAGUCAGAGGGUUUAUUUAACUCGUCGCUCUGUCCUCCCCCACUUUCCCAACGCGCCACCAACAGGGUUGCCUUCCGUCUGCGGCAGGAACACGGCGUGGAGCUCGCAGGGACUAACUUGAGACGCGCAGAAUAACCUUUAACACCAGCGAGACUGGUUUUUAAAUAAUGAUAUAUUAAUACAAAUCUCUUUUUGGAAGCAUUUUUUAGUGCAUUUCACGAACUGCUGCUUUUUUCCAACUUUUCUCAUCGUGCGUAAACAAAUGCGUAUUUAUUUGUGACUGCAUUGGAAAAGUACACCGACUUUACUGCGUAACUGGAGUAAAAAAAAAAAAAAAUGGAGCGAAUUCCAAGCGCGCAACCACCUCCUCUAUCCAAACACCAGGCUGAUCUGUCAGACGUGCAGGGGAUGGAUUUCCCGAUGUAUGUUUAUAAACCAAGGCGAGGAAUGAAGAGAGGAGAGGAGAGCAAGGAGACCUACAAGCUGCCUCACAGACUUAUUGAGAAGAAAAGGCGUGACCGGAUCAACGAGUGCAUCGCGCAGUUGAAAGAUUUAUUGCCAGAGCACCUGAAACUCACGACUCUGGGCCAUCUGGAGAAGGCUGUGGUUUUAGAGCUGACACUCAAGCACGUGAAAGCCCUCACCUCUCUUCUGGAGCAACAGCAGCAGAAGAUCCUCGCUCUGCAGAACGGCAUGCAAAUCGAGCAGCCUCCCGUCAGCCAGGAGAAGUCAGAGGAGAUGUUCCGCUCCGGCUUCCACAUGUGUGCCAAGGAGAUGCUCCAGUAUCUCAGCAAUCAUGAGACUGACAGAGACUUGACACCAUCACAUGUGAUCAAUCACCUCCACAAGUUAGCGGCGGAGGUGCUGCAAAGUCCAGCCAGGCCCCGCACUCCUCUCAGCCCACCACCUGAGGAAAUCCCCACCUACCACCAGCACCAACCUCACAAGGAGAUGCCCACCAGCUUACCCCCUAAACCCAGCGAGGGCUACGGGAGGAACUGUGUGCCUGUCAUCCAGCGGGCGUAUGCUCCACCGAGCAGCGAGCAGAGCGGCAGCGAUACAGAUACAGACAGCGGCUACGGGGGAGAGCUGGAGAAGACUGAAUCCGGGGCGACACAGGGACGUCCAGAAUACUACGGUUCAGAGAGCCAGCUGAAGCGAGCGCUGGGCGACAGGCAGAGCUCCAGCAUCAAGCGGGAGGAUGACGAGCCGCGCCACAAGCGACCCCGGGUGGAGUUGUCUGAGGAUGAGCUGCUCUCAGGUGGAGAAUCGUCAUCACCUUCCAGUGGUUAUGGCAGUUACAUGAGCGUAUCCCCCAACCAUCCACCUCCUCCACAUCCCCUCUGUAUGCCUUUCUACCUCAUUCCACCUUCUGCUGCAGCCUACCUGCCAAUGCUGGAGAAAUGCUGGUACCCCGGGGCCGUGCCCAUGCUCUACCCUGGCAUGGGAGGCUCUGCGCCCACCAUGCCCAGCGAAAGACCACCCCCACCUCAGCUAGUGUUGUCUCCCAGGGGAGGCUCUCCAGCCCCAGCCAUAUCUCAGACCCCCAUGGACUCCCCUGCCCUCCUUCAGGCACUAAAGCAGGUACCACCCCUCAACCUGGAAACCAAAGAUUGAGCGAUAAGAGAACAGGGCUGAAGAGAUGAUCCUGUUCUCGUACCCAGGAGCAGAGACAGCAGUAGGAAUGAGAACGUGACUGAGCCUUUCCAUCCAUCCUCAUUCCUGUCCUCUGUUCCGCAAUGUGCAGAGGUCGAAUCACAAACUAGCGGACUUGUAGAAAUGAUCGAGAGGAGGUGGAGGAGAGAGCGACAUCCGUCCACACUCAGAGGAUGCAAAGCUCGGGUUGAAUGUCAAAUGCUCAGUGGUAUUACUCAGUGCAAAUGUAUCAUAUAAACUGGACCUGCCCUGCACACGCACCAACACACACACACGGUUGAAUGUAAAGAAAGAUAGAUGCUGCUGUUAAAAGUCUAAACGCCGAUGACACUGAUGCAUCUCACUUGUAGCUGUUGCAAUAGAGACACGCCAUCUUUGUACUUUAGAAAGUGUUGCACCAAAUGUUAGCGGUAAUAUUUCACCCAAAGUUCGUUGCCUAUGUCCUUUAGGUCACCAUUAUCUUCUCUGAGAGAGCCCUCGGAGCCGGACACUAUGAUGACCGGCACCGUAGGGUUUCCUCAAAUGUGUACAGACAAGAGUAAGGGUACACCCAAUGCAUGGAUGAAGGAAUGGGCCGCCACAUGACCACACUGAAUGAGAAGUCUUGUUUUUCUUUGACAAACAGACAGUUAAGAUGGAUUUUUCUGUAAUUAUUGUUCAUAGACUUCUUGUACAUUUCUAUUUUUGAUACCCGUUCUCGCACUCUGUCCGUCCGAAGAGAUAGAAGGCGGACAGAGUGCGGACAAUUGUACGUUGUGUACUCAGAAACUGUGUACAUACUGUAGCACUGUGCUGGACCUGGUCUGCAUACUCAACAUCUGUUUCUGCUCAAGUCAAACCUGGUGUUUGUUCUUGCUGUUGCCUUUUACUUGUGAAAAGCUGAUAAAUCUCAGAUGUUUAUUCUCUGUACUACGUAUGAAUACUGGAGUCAAAGGAGGAAGGAGGAGAGAAGUUGAAUGUAAAAGUUUUACCAGAAGACUAGUUUUCUAUAGAAAGAGGUACUUGAGAUUUUAUAUUUUGGGACCUACAUGAAAGAUGUUUGAUGUACAUAUUUUGUCUAUAAAUGUUGGUAUACAUUAUAUAAGUGUAUUAAUAAAGUAUUUUUUUUUCCCGUGGAAAA